GUCGCGUCAUCGAUAUCAAUUGGGUGUUUCGUUUGAGGGGAAUGGAAGCAUUAUGACGGUAGCUAUGAGCUGGCCGGCGGUAUACUUAAAGAGCUCCCGUGUAGCUUCUCACGCAUCUUCUCGCCUGGUCCUGAAAAGCCAGCACGAACAAGACCAAAAAACAUCGUAACAAAAAGCAAAUCACCACCAUCAAUACCUACGAAAUGCUUUUGUCCAGAAGCGUAGCUCUCGCCUCGGCACAGCUUCGAGCUGUCGCGCGGCCCCAGGCGCUGCUUCUCAACACCAGCCGACCGCUCUUUGGCCAGAGGCAGUUUGCAUCCGCGUCCGCAUCAGCAGGCUCCGGCUUUGUCAAGAUCUCGGACGCCAUCAAGAAGGAUCACCAAGAGUUGGAGCAGUACUACAACGAGGUCAUCAACUCGACAGACCAGGAGCAUCAACAGAAGUUUGGCAACCAGUUCACCUGGGAGCUGGCUAGGCACUCGGUCGCUGAGGAGUUGCUCGUGUACCCGGCCUUUGAGACACAUCUUGGCGAGGAGGGCAGGCAGAUGGCCGAGGAUGACCGCAAGCAGCAUCAUGAGGUCAAAAUCCUACUCAAGGAAUUCCAAAACAUGCGGUCCAAUGACUCGGAGUACGUGCCCAAGCUGAAAGAGCUCUGGGCCAAGCUGUCUCUUCACAUCCAAGAGGAGGAGUCGCACGAUAUGCCGGCGCUGGAGAAGGCGAUCGAGCUCGAUGCAGAGGCGUCCGAGACCAUGGCCCGGAACUUCCACAGGACAAAGAUGUUUGUGCCGUCACGCAGCCAUCCGUCGGCCGGUGAGAACCCGUACUUUGAGUCCGCCAUGGGCCUCAUGGCCGCGCCUAUGGAUAAGCUGGCCGACAUGUUCCGGAAGUUCCCGGAUGCAGCUGAAAAGGAGGGAAAGAAAUAGUGUGAAUAAAUCGAAGGAAUUGGGUCGGUUUGCGUUUGCUGGAGAUCAUCUUCAAAUACCCCACUGCCCCCGAACCGGAAGGUUUCGAUGCAUUCUAGCGGAUAAUGCGAUGAUUGCACUGUCUUCUUGGGAGAAACUCGGGUGCUUGGCAUGUACGGACAGAGGACCAAGUGGAUUAGAGAUCAGGACGAAAAGACAACUUGGGCCUGUGACGUAUCUGCAAGCAACGCCUAGGCAGUGCUCAGUAGCUUACACCGCCAAGAAUGCAAAGACAACGGGCGUAUGACGCUCGCAGAAUUUAUCGUAAAACAAGGCAAUAAACCGAACAAAUUUAUCGUCCGGAGCCG